CUGGCGGAUUUUCUCGAGUCCAACCAAACCCCCGUUCUCCGCUUAUCUUCUUCUCCUUCUGCCGUGGAUUUACUCGGCCAAUCUUCUUCUCCUUCUUCCCCAAGAACUCAUAUUCUCGAUCUCAUUAUCCUUGGGCGCAGCCUACAUUGACCAUGUUUAUUCUGGGUGGUGGUGUGCCGCCAUCAUCCUCUGGUGGUGAUCAUCAAGGAGAGAAGAGGAAUAGCCAGCUGGUGGCAUCUUUGUCCGACUCCACAGACAUGAUGAAGGAGAUUUUGCUUGAUUCCAAAAUGGUUUUGCAGCAGGUUGGUUCGGCAGAAGAAGAACUAUUUGGGGACAGGGCAAGAAUCACGACAGGACUUGCGGAAGUGAGCGCGAUACGUUUCAGCGUCACACACAGAGUGACUUGCAAGCAGGUUGCAGUCACGGGCACAAACUCAAAGGACAUAAAGGCCAUGCUGAAAUCAAGGUGUGACAUACCCGCAUGCUUGGCUGUUGGUCGGAUUUUGGCGGACAGAGCGAGAGAGGCUGAUGUGUACACCACUGCUUACACUCCCAGGGAUAGUGACAAGUUCGAAGGUAAAGUAAGAGCUGUGGUUCAGUCCCUCAUUGACAGUGGCAUUGAUGUCAAAGUUUAUCUCGACUGAGAGAGAUUUGAGUUUUUGGUGUGUUGUUUGGUGUUCUUGGAACAAUUUUAGUAAAGGAUUCCAAUUCCG